UUGUAUUUUUUCGAGUUUAACAAAUGAUGGGAUUGCUACCUUUUUUCUUCACCAAUUAUAAAUAUCCGACCAAAUGACUUAAAAAUUCUAUAUGCCUAAUUUAAUUUUUGAUUUAUUAUGCCUCCCAUCAUUGUUUCUUUUAGUCUAAGUGAAGACUGAGGCAUCAAAAUUGAACAACCCAUGUUGUUAACUUUACAGCCUUUUCCCUCUCUUUUCCCUUUCCAGAAUUGUACAUUUUCCUCAUUUUAAACUUCCAAAAAUUACAAACUUUUUUUUUUGUCUUUGUUCAAAAUCAAAUUAAAACCCACAUCUUAGUAUGCAGAAUCUGAGAUGGGUUCUGAAGCUUUUGCUGAUUCUUUCACUAUUUGGUCAGCUAUCCAAAUCCCAAACUCAUGAAACAACUACCUCAGCUUGUAAAGCAGCUGAUAGAACUGCACUUCUAAGCUUCAAAACCAAGAUUGUUAAGGAUACAACAGGCAUUCUCGAGUCGUGGGUGGGUGAAGAUUGCUGUGGAGGAAGCUGGGAAGGUGUUGAAUGUAAUCCUUCCACUGGUAGAGUUAUUGCUUUGGAGUUGCAGAAACCUUCUAGUAGUGAUAGUGAUGAUGUUGAUGAUAUUUACAUGGAGGGUACACUGUCAUCUUCUUUAGGUAACUUGGAAUUCCUUGAGGUGUUGGUGAUUAGUGGGAUGAAGCACAUUAGAGGAAACAUUCCUGAUACUUUCUCCAAUUUAAGACACUUAUCUCAGCUUGUCCUAGAGGGGAACUCACUUGUGGGACCCAUCCCUUCCGGCCUCGGCUGCUUGCCUUCUCUUAAAACCCUCAUGUUAGAUGGAAACCGCUUGAGGGGUCAAAUGCCACCUAGCUUAGGAAACCUUAAGGGACUCCUUCAGCUCAAUUUAGGAAGAAACUAUCUUUCUGGUCCUAUCCCACCUACUUUUAGAAACCUUCAGAGUUUGCAAUUUCUUGAUCUCAGCAAAAAUUUACUAUCUGGGGUAAUCCCUGAUUUUAUAGGGCAGUUUCGUAAUCUGACUUUCGUCGAGCUUUCUUAUAACCAAUUCUCUGGUUCAAUACCCAAUUCACUUUGCAGUCUUACUGAACUUUCAGAUGUAUCACUGAGUGACAAUCAGCUCACAGGUAGGAUCCCUGAGAAAAUUGGUGGCCUUAAAGCUCUCACUAGUCUUUCCCUUAGUAAUAAUCUUCUUAUAGGUCAUAUCCCUGAGUCUCUUGCUAGUUUAGAGAACUUAUGGUACCUUAAUUUAUCAAGAAAUGCACUCUCAAAUCCUUUGCCAAGUACCCUUGCUAAAGGUUUGCCUUCUUUAUUGUCAAUUGACUUGUCCUACAACAGUCUUAGCUUAGGGACAGUUCCUGAUUGGAUUAGGAGCAGAGAACUUACUGCUGUCCAUUUAGCUGGUUGUGACCUCAAGGGUACUCUUCCAACUUUCACUACACCUAUUUCUUUAACCUCUAUAGAUUUUGCAAAUAACCAUCUCGUAGGUGGUAUCUCUACUUUUUUAACAAGAAUGUCCAACUUGCAAUAUCUCAAGCUAUCCAACAACCAACUCAAAUUUGAUAUUUCUAGCAUUGUCUUGCCAAAAGGUAUAUCUUCUAUUGAUCUUAGCUCGAACCAACUCUUUGGUCCUCUUUCGGCAAUCCUCAAUGGCCACACAACUAGCUUCCUAGAGGUGAUUGAUGUCUCAAGGAACAUAAUUUCAGGCACCAUACCUGAAUUUAAAGGAGGAUUGACCUUGAAAGUACUCAACAUUGGGAGUAACAAGAUUACAGGGCAUAUACCAAGCUCAAUGUCAAACUUGGUUGAUUUACAGAGGUUUGAUAUAUGUCGGAAUCAUAUUUCUGGGAUCAUUCCAUCGAGUUUAGGCCAACUGGUGAAGCUGCAAUGGUUAGACUUGUCUAUCAACAGCCUCACAGGAAGAAUUCCAAAUAGUUUGAUUGGAAUCACAAAUCUCAGGCAUGCAAGUUUUAGGGCAAACAGAUUGUGUGGAGAGAUACCACAAGCCAGACCUUUCAAUAUCUUUCCUGUUGUAGCUUAUGCUCACAACCAAUGCUUGUGUGGCAAACCCCUGCAUCCUUGCAAGGGGAAGAGCCCACCUCAAAUGGGCCAGUAACAAGCUGACUCAUACUUUAUAAAGAAAUCCACCAUCAUUUUCACUAUCUACCAACAUGAAGCUUUUCAUGUGACAGAGUAGUCAGUAGUCACCCACAUUCGUUCCCUUAUGCUUGCCUCACAAGCAGCCUACAUUGUACUUUCAUUUAACUAUAAUAAUAUAUAUAUUUCAAGUUCGAUUCGUUGAAA